AUGGAGCGCUGUUGCUGCCUCCGCAUCUGGCGGGCGCGCGAGCCGCCCUUGCUGAGUGACGAGGAAGCUCCGGAGGAGGUCUCCCCCGAGGAUGCCUCCUGGCCACUGAGCCGGCUGCUAUUCUUCUGGGCCUUCCCUGUGCUUUGGCGUGGUUAUCGCCGCGGUCGCACGGACUUGGGCGACCUCCCGGCAGUGCCAGCAGCAGACCGUCCUUCCGUCUUGAUCGCAGAGGUUCUGAGCAGCUUCGCGUUGCCCAGCGAAGGAACCACCGGCCGCCGCCCGUGGCUGUCCCCUUUACACCGGCGCCUCUUCAAGGUGACGUGGCCCGUCUUCUUUCAAGGCAGCGUGUGUCAGGCACUGUUGCAAGUCUUCUCCUACCUGCAGCCAAUCCUGCUCCACGGCCUGUUGCAAAGCCUCAGCAUGCCGGAGGAGCAGCGAAAGGAGCAGCAAACAUCAGUAGCCUUGCACUCCUUGGGUAUCGCUGCAGCGGUGAUGGGCAUGUGGAUCUUCGCGGAGUAUGCCUGGAAUAUCUUUGUGCGCGCCGACCUGCGCGCGCAGGUCCUCCUCUGCCACCUAACCUACCGCAAGAGUCUCCACCUGCGGCUCGAUGGGUGCGCCUACACCAUCGGAGACCUCCAGAAUCACUUCUCGACGGACUGCUCCAAGCCGGUGCAGGGCUUCUUUCACUGGAGCCACGCAUCCAUCGUGAUUGCUGCCAUCACGGUCAUCGUCGUGGCCUGGCACCUUACCUCACUCAUCGGUUCUGCCGGGCUGAUCGGCAUGCUUGUCGUGUCGUCCUUCGCGCCUUUGCAGUUGGUGUUGAGCCACCGGAUCAAGCGCUACUCCCAGAAGAUCCAAGAGGCCAUGGCUUUGGAGAUGCUCGAAGAAGCUCGGGAGGCGGAGCUCUCGGCGCAAUGGGGGAAGCGGAAGGUUUUUCCCUUCAACAACUUCCUGGGUAGCACCGUGAGCCUCUUUGGGACCAUCGCCGCCUUCGUAUCUCGGCAAGAAGCCAUGGCCUAA